UUUUGUGAAAUACCAUUUUGUGAAGCCAUUAAACUAUACACUUUCAAAAAUAAUGAAUUUUAUGGCAUGUGACUUCUUAAUGUAAAAACUUUUUGAAGAGAGCAAGGGAAAGACUAAAAAUACAUAUGUUCAGGAUAUUGUUUACCUCUGGCAAUGGAGUGGGGACACAGGACAGAAGGAAAGCUAGACGCCAUGGAGGCGGUGCUGAUCUUCCUGUGCAGUCUGCUGGCCCCCGCCAUCCUGGCCAGUGCAGCUGAGCAGGAGAAAGAAAAGGACCCUUUUCAUUAUGAUUACCAGACUCUGAGGAUCGGGGGAUUGGUGUUUGCUGUGGUCCUCUUCUCUGUUGGGAUCCUCCUGAUCCUGAGUCGCAGAUGCAAGUGCAGCUUCAGUCAGAAGCCGCGGGCUCCAGGGGACGAGGAGGCCCAGGGGGAGAACCUCAUCACUGCAAAUGCAACAGAGCCCCAGAAAGCGGAGAACUGAAGUGCAGCCCUCAGGAGGGAAGCUUCCAGAACCUGAAGGCAGCUGCUUGAACCUUUAGAUGCAAAUGUUGAUGCUUAAGAAGAUGGGCCACUUCGGCAGCAGAUCUUUCGCCAGGAGAAGUCAAGAACUUGUGUGUCCCCUGCCCCUCCCCAUCCCCUGAACACCAGUCCUCACUUAGUGCCACAGCUAACACCCGCCUUCCCAGCUGCAGCCUGUGGGGCUUGCCCACCUCCUGUGAUGUAUCCGUGUGUGCGUGUGUGUGACGACUGUGGUCUUCGUGCCUGCUUCUCUGUGGGUGACAUUGUUUAGUGAACCUGAACUCACUUUCCUGGGCUGGAGCUGAGCCACGUCACCAUCAGCUCCUCCCUGUUCCCCUGCGGCACCCUCUCCUCUUCUGCUCCCGGGAGUCUGCUCUUCCCCUGAGAGAUCAGUCCCUUCUCUUGAUUUAGUGGUGGGUAUAGUGCUGGGGCCCAGGUGGGAGUCUCCACUCACCUUGGGACUUGGGAAGGUUUACAUCGCCUUCAUGACCAUUCUCAUGGCCUCUCUCCACUCCUUUUGCAAGAACCUUGCUUCUGUAUUUCACCUCUGACCCUAGUCUGUUCUGAGGGUCUCUUAGCAACUGGAGGGUCACAGCAAGGAGCUGGUGAGCCCAGCUACACCUUCAAGCUGGCGAUGCCCCUUCCCUGGUCAUUUUUCUUCUGGGACUUCCACCAUGGAGCUGCCAGCUGCCCUGCCCCAUUGUGGAGUGGCCAGGGAGGCCAGGCCCACGUCUUGUCCUCUGCCCCUGGGGAACGUGCCCCUUGCUUAUCUUCUCAGCAAUAACCCCUUGGGCUCUGGAUCCCUACCCCCUCCUACCUUCCCUGCUCCCAAGGCUCUGCUCUAUAGCCCAGCUAGUCUGGACUCAGACUCCCAUUCUUGAGUUGGGUCUCUGGCAGGCCAUGCAUUCUGGUGGGGCAGCAUCCUGGGGAGGGGCAGCUGGGAAAGCAGGGAUCCUUUGCUUCUGUGUCCACGCCCAUUGGUCAGGCACCAGCAAUGGCUGCUGCGCCCUUUGCUUUUCCUGUCACUGGUCAGACUGAGGAGUGCAGUGGCUCUGCUGCAAGUUGGAGACCAGACAGGGCUCCCUACAGCAAGAGGUCAAAGGUCAUAAAGUGGAAAGUUGAACCAGACCUCCCCCGCACCCCCCCCCCAACACCCCGUCCAUCGUGUUAUCCUGGAAACUAACUUAACAUGUGCCAGGACUGCUAUGUGUGCUGUGACCUAUCCUUUCAACA